GCUGGGAACCUCGCUGAACCCAAGCGUUGGUAGGGAGACCCCAGCGGCCAGUAAGGCGGCUCCUGGCGCCCCCUCGGGCCGGAGCUGUGGGCUGCAAGGCUGGAUCGGAGGGAGGGCCCAGGGGCCUGAGGAGUCGCUGCCUGCCGCCUGGCACGACCAAACGGGGCUGCCCGGGUCCCGAAAAGACGGCUUCGGGGGACACCUCACCAAGCGGCUAGUGGUUCAGAACCCCAGUCCGACGAGCUGCUGGCCCCAGUCUCCGGGACGAUGACGGGGACAUGGCUCUGAAAAAGUGCCAGGGUGCGCUCAGUAGAACCCAGCACCCAGAAUGGCCCCCCAGAGAGCGGGGCCGGGUCUAGGGAAGCCCUCUUCCAAGAAGUCCCGUGCCCUGAGGUGACUGGGCGCGCUAGUUGACGAAACUGAGUGCCCCACCGAGGCGCCCCUGUCCCGAGGGCGGGGCCAGGGCGGGGCGGGAGUCCUCCUGGCAGGUGCCGGGGGCGGUGCCCGGCCCUGCCCCCGGGGGCCGUUCCUGGAGGCCAGAGGCGGGUCAGAGAAGCGGCCGGUGCGGGCGACGCCUUGGAACCCACGGGCCGCCACUGCCGCCACAGGUGCCUCACAGUGCCCUCUGUCCUCGCUCUGGGAAUCAAAACCCCGGUUGGGAACUGAGGCUUCCGAACUGCUUCCAACCCUGGACACGAAGGCCCCCACCGGCCGGAGAACGAAACCCUGGGGUCGUCUGAAGAGGAGGGCCAGGAGUCCCCAGGGCCAGACAGCGAAGCCCCAGAGCUGCUGCGGAGCUGAACACCGAGGUCUCCAAGCCCUCCGCAAAGGACGUGGAGAUCCUGGAGCAAGAGAGCGAAGUCCUCGAGCCAUCAGUCGAGCAGGACGCAGAGAGCCCCGGGCUGUCCACAGCUGCGGGCUUUGAGAGUCCUGAGCCAGGCAGAGACGACCCUGGGCCGUCCGACCGAAGCGCAAAGGGCGGAGGUCCAGGGGCAGCAUCCCCCUCCAGGCCCUAAGACCUCCUCCUCCAGGUCAGUCUCGGAAGCCCCACGCUGCGUUUUCCGCCGUGCCCCGAGGCUCCCCAGCGUCCCCCGGAGGAGCGGUUCAUGGAGACGCCCAUCGAGCGCGAAAUCCGCCGCAGCUGCGAACGUGAGGAGAGCCUGCGCCGGAGCCGGGGCCUGAGCCCGGGCCGCGCAGGCCGUGAACUCGUCGAGCUGCGCGUGCGGCCGGUGCUCAACCUGCCGGGUCCUGGCCCCGCGCUCCCGCGCGCCCUGGAGCGGGCGCGGGCGGGCGCGCAGAUGCAGCGGGACAUCGAGCGGGAGGCCCACCGGCAGGCGGUGCUGGCGCGCCCCGCGGUCCCCGAGCCGCGCGCCCGGUCGCCUCCGCAGCCGCUGGGCGAACUCAAGCGCUUCUUCGAGGCCGCGGCGGGGAGCGGCUCCUCGGCGGGGGCAGGGGACGGCGCGGGCCCGCAGAGGCUGCCAGAGCCUGGGGGACGGCCGCGCUCGGCAGUGCAGGGCGGGUGCCCGGUGCUGGGCAGCGCCCCGCCGCCUUUCACUCCGUCACUGCUGGAGCAGGAGGUGCGCGCCGUGCGCGAGCGCGAGCAGGAACUGCAGCGCCAGCGGCGCAGCGUCUAUGGCACCGCGGAGUUCAAGGAGCCUACGCCGAGCCUCACCGCGAGCAGGGGCGACGGAAAGUUGGCGGUGAUCUGGCCCCCCCGCAGAAAGGUCUCGGAGAACGGCCUGGAGCAGGAGGAGCGCAAACCUUGAGGUUUGAAAAGGCUGGGACCCCCGGCCGGAAGUAACGUACGCGUCAGAGGAACAGGGCGGGGGGCGUCUAGCAUUAGGCCUGGAGAAGGGGAGGCUCUCUGCGUUGGCGAAGAUGAAAUCGACUUGCCUUUGUGAAAUUGACCAGCCCCCUCUAUAAAACUUACAGUCCCCCAUUGGGAAACUGACCACCACCCACAAGUCCGCCAGUGAAACUGCCCAGCCCUUCUCUGCCUAAUUGCAAACUGAACUACCCUCUCCCUUGACUGUUAAGAGGGACGGAGUUACCGCCUCGAUUGCCCCACUCCCCCCACCCCCAAUAAAGCCUCUUCUUUCAGGGCACUGCAGCCUGUUUUUUU